AUAACAACCACAAUGUUACAAUUUUUGCUUGCGUCGGUUCUGUUUCGUUUCGUUAGUGCUCUUAAUACGGAAUCCACCGGGGUUAUCCAUGAACUCAAUACAGCUCUUCAAAUAGAACUCAAUGUACUUAUCGAUUUGGAGGAUUUCUCUAGCUUGAAUAUACUUCAGAGACUGGAUGUUCCUAGAAUUCAAAUUACUUCUAGUUCGGAGGAAAAUAAGGAUUUUCGAAUAUGUGGACAUUUUACGGAGCAAGCUCUAAUUAUAGUUAAAUUAAUGGAUUUUGGACUGGAUCCUAAAGUGGCUAACUUCCUGCCGCUUUUCUUGGACGAACUGCAUGAGCUGCAUAUAAUAUUUCUGAGUGUGGAAGAACCAGUGUUCCUGAAAAAGGACCUCUACACCUACUGCUAUAAACAGGGUUUCGUUAAUGUGAUUUUAGUAUACGGCAAGGACCUCUUCAGCUAUCUACCAUAUCCAUCUAUUCAACCGAUUAAGCUCUCAAAUAUUUCAGAAUAUCUCAGUACGAGAAAGAGCAUUCGCAAUUUUUGGGGCUACCCCAUACGCAUUUUUCGAACGAAAGUAGCUCCUCGUGAUUUUGAGUAUUUUAACGACCAAAAUGAGCUGGUUCGGGCAGGAUAUUUAUUCACGGCUGUUAAGGAGUUUACCUCUCGUUAUAACGCAACUCUUGUAAAUGCAGCCUUACCCGAGAUAUCUAAUUACGCUUUAUACUUUACCCUAGCGGAUAUGCUGAGCAACAAGGAGAUCGACAUUAUUUGCUACUACAAGGAGUUGGGCUGGCCCGUUUCCAGCACCGCGCCUCUUUCGAUCCUCACUGUAAACUUCAUGGUCCCCGAUGCCGUCCCGAUCUCCAGCUAUUUCUAUUACUCGCGUCCCUUCAGUUGGACCCUGUGGCUGGUCAUAGUUUCAACUGUAUGUUAUGGAACUCUGGCGCUGUAUCUAAGUUCGAAAGCGGAGCGAAACGAUAUCGGGAUGUGCCUUCUGUAUAGUCUCAGCCACAUCCUCUAUACCUGCCAUCACAAAAUCAGGAACGCAGGCUGGAGAGUCAUGACGAUUCAUAUUAUACUAACAAUCUGUGGUUUCAUACUGACCAAUGUCUAUCUGGCCACGCUGUCCAGCAUCCUGACAUCGGGAUUGUACGAGGAGGAGUACGAUACCCUGGAAGAACUGGCUAAAGCUCCAUAUCCCAGUCUGCACGACGAAUUCCACUGGAAAUAUUUUCAAAUAAACCCCUUUCUGCCCAAGUCCCUCCGUAAAAACAGCAGAUCCCUAAAUUACUCUAUUCUGACGGCCCAUCGCGAUGGCCUCAACAAAAACUACAUGUAUUUGAUGGGCGAGGAUCGAAUAGAUCUCGUCCUGAAGCAGCAGUACCUGCUGAAAAGGCCGCGCUUUUAUAAGUUCAGUCAGGCGGUAGGAUACACCCUUGAAUCCUAUUGCGUGUCCAAGAGUUUGCCAUAUCUGGAUAUGACCAGUGAGUUCAUGAGGCGUCUGCAGGAGCACGGGAUUAACAUCAAAAUAAGGGCGGACACAUUUCAGGAGCUGAUCCAACUCGGAGUUUACACCCUGAUGCGGGAUGAUGAACCUCCAACCAAGGCAUUUGACUUAGAGUUUUACUACUUCGCCUUUGGCUUGUGGAUUGUCGGACUGGCUUUGUCUUUUAUGGUUUUUGUUGUGGAGUCUAUUAAAUAG